AUGGAGUCGCGCGUGCGAUCGAUACGACCUUGUGGGCGGGGAGUAGUGUGGGCGGGGCCGGAUAAGAGGCUGGGAUGUAGGGCCGCCCACCCCGCCCCGCACGGCGAUCUCGCCCGCACUACACGUAUACUCGCGCGCCGCGACACGAGACGUCAUGCCGACGCUCCGAACAGCGUUUAUUAAUUACGACAUCCCGCGGCGUCGAGCGGUAGCGGUCGGGAGCUGUCACCGCUCUGCCUAAUUGAACACCCGAGUCUACGCGGCACGCCUCUGGCGAUGCUCGCAGCACAGUGUAACAAACUAUCGAGUAAAUCGCCACCCCCAUUAGCUGAUGCGGCAGUCGGCAAAGGAUUUCAUCCGUGGAAAAAGAGUCCCGGUACACAUUCACCGCCUGGUGCUGGCGUUGCCCCACGCUCCCAGGCACAAGCUUGCGCGCCAUAUGCACGGGCCCCCACAUCUUGUGCCGCAGCACCAUCAUAUGGCAAUGAACUUUACUUUCCAUCAUCGGGUGACCAGCUGCUUGGAAAAAGUGAAUCAAGUGCUAGUUUAGGGUCUAUGUAUUCGAGACAUCCCUAUGAAUCGUGGCCGUUUAAUGUUGGAAGUGGUGGCAGUAGUGGUGCACUUAAAGCAGCAGAAAUGGGUGGCGUCAGUGCCGUGGGUAGUACCUGGUGGGACGUACACAGCGGUUGGCUAGAUGUUGGAGGACAGAUGGCAAAUUACGCUGGACAAGAUUAUUCCCAACUUACACAUUCAUUAUCUGGUGGAGCACAUUUAUUGCCUCCUGCACCUCACCUCUUACAAGAUGCUUACAAAUCUGUACUGCCUACUCAAGGGUCUUUUGGUCUUCAUGGUCCCGGUUCACCUGCGCCGCCAGCUCAAGCACCAUCGCCUCGAUCACAGAGGCGGUACGCCGGUCGAGCUACAUGUGACUGUCCCAAUUGUCAGGAAGCCGAACGAUUGGGUCCCGCAGGAGCACAUCUUCGUAAGAAAAACAUACACAGUUGCCACAUACCAGGAUGUGGAAAAGUAUACGGCAAAACAUCACAUUUAAAAGCACAUUUACGCUGGCAUACCGGUGAGAGACCGUUCGUUUGUAACUGGCUCUUCUGCGGUAAAAGAUUUACACGCUCCGACGAAUUGCAACGGCACCUGAGAACACACACCGGUGAAAAGAGAUUCGCAUGCCCGGUAUGCAACAAACGUUUUAUGCGAUCGGACCACCUUGCGAAACACGUGAAAACGCACAACGGUGGUAAGAAAGGAAGCUCAGAAUCAUGUUCAGAUUCAGAAGAAAACAGUCAGGGCGAGACCGGCGGUGGAGGCCGGUCUCCUGAGCACCCCCUAGACGUGAAGCCGGGGGCGCUGGUGUGA